AUGACUUAUCUGAUGUCUGUUUUAUUUUGUUUAGUGGCAAGCCAAUACACUACUGUUCCAAUCCUGUAUAGUAAAUUUACCCCAGAACUAAUAAGAAACGCAUUUUCAAAAAAUUAUAAUUGCCUUGAAAUCAGCUCUCAGAAAUGUACUGCAGAAUCAGGUGUAUAUUAUGUUUUAUAUGAAGUAAAUAGUCAUGCUGAUAUAGAAGCAUUGAUCGCGGCUUUAGACUUUGCCUUUGCUUUUGAUGGUACAUUUUCGCUAAGUAUGGCAUCUCUUAUUAGCGAUUAUGCGAAAUCAUAUGAAUUCGUUCAUCUUGUGUAUGGUUACAAUCCAGAAAAAAGCCAAAAUUUUGUUCACUACUCUGAACCUUCUUAUAUUUCUAUCAGAGACACCGCCUUAUCGUUUAUUAAGUCCAGCGGAUGACAGAAAGCUGUUGCUCUUUUAGGCCAGGAAUUCCAAGGUAUGGAUUUUCAAGUAAAUAAUGAAAUAUACAUAUCCUUACAAUGCAUAGUCCCGAAUUUAAUUUCUUAUGACGCAAUCCUCCUGAUUUUUGCGAAACAAAUCAAACCACUUGGGGUCAAAAUCAUUAUUAUUGCUACAAAUGAAAACACAACAAUUCUAGUGCAAAGAGCAAUUGUUGAGGCGGAAAUGAAUAAAGCUGACUAUGCUUUUAUAUUUAUAAACCAUAGCGUUUGGACUGCAUAUUUAGAAGGAUCAAUAUUAAUCUCAGACGAUAAUUAUGUCGCUAGCAGUGAAGAAAACUAUUUGGAAUAUCUUAUAGAUAGCUUUUCCCUUUUAAUAAAAUCUUUGAUGUAUGUUAACAAAAUUCAAGGAGCUUUUUCAGGCUGUGCAAUCAAUAAUUAUAUGAAUAAUGUUGUAAAGAAAAACUCUAACUCCCCCCCCCCCCCCCUCGUGAGCGAACAAAACCAUUAGAAAAAAUCGCCAUUUUUUGACCAAAAACCCACCCUCCGUGAGUGAACAAAAAUUUUUUUAAUACAAAAAAUUUUAAUGGAAAAAAAUUUUGAUAUAUAAGUGAUAAUUAGUAUAAUGAAAUCUAGAGCUAAUUCUGUUUAAUUUUAAAAAAAUUGCGUUUUUUAAAAAAACAUAAAUUUUGCAAAUUAAAUUAAUAUUUGCUUCCCAAUUUUUGCAAAUUAGGAUUUUUUUAAAUUUCGAAAAAAUAUAUUUUUUAUAAAAUUUAUAUAUAAAUUUUUUUAAAAAAAAAAUUAACCCCCCUCCGUGAGUGAACAAAAUUUUUUUGUUCGCUCACGGAGGGGGGGGGGGGAGUAAGUCUUAUCUGUACAACAUUAAAAACAGUAAAAAAGUUCUUUGUGGGUAUAUGAACGGAAACAGCGUGCAAGUGAAUUUGCCAUUUAUUUUUCCUGGAAAUUCAAUGACUGCUCCAGAUAAUACAAAAAUAAAAAUCCCUAUUAGUGCUUAUGGAGGAGCGUCAAAUCCAGAUGGCACUUAUUAUGUAGAAAAUGCAUUAUCAUUAACGGGAGCUAUAUAUGCUGUAUAUGAUAUUAAUGAAAAACAUGAAAUACUAUCGAAUUUUGAGCUUUCGAUCCUGAAUAUUUCAAAUUGUGGAGCAUCUAUCUUCGAGUAUGACUAUUGCUAUGACUGUUUGAAAGCCCAGUCAGAAAAUAUUGGCUAUUUUCAUCUGACUGAUUUGAAGACUGUAAUAACUCAAGGUACAAUAGAAAUUUUUCGAAGCUUAAAUUUAUCAACCCCUGUUUUAGGUAUCCAAACAGCAGCUUCUAUGAGUAAUCUAACCUAUUACCCUCAGUACGCACGAGUUUCCUAUCCUAAUACAGUUUCUGGGUCAUAUAUUGCUUGGAUGCUAUACUCCUUAGGCAUUACAAAAGUCUCACUUUUAUGCACAAAUGCUACAUGAGGCACAGAUUUCAAAGAGCAGUUCGAAAGCCAGAGCAAACAAUUCAACAUGAAAAUUCUAAACCUAAAAAGGCUGGUUCCUCUUGGCUACAACGGAAUUGAUAAAUCAUUUAUCCAAGAAAUCAUAGACGUGAAGUCAAGGUAUCUUGUGAUGGAAGUUAUCUCUCCUGACUAUCUCAGUGUAAUUGAAGCUUUUUAUGAUGUAGGAGUUAGAAAAGGAGAUCUAUAUUUAUAUCUUGCAGAUUUAGUAAUUGAUUUUUCACAUCUAAAUGAGACUGAAAUUGGAACAGAGGUAUAUAUAAAGCGAAAAGAACUAAUGAAUGGACUGUUAUAUUUCGAAGUCCUUACCUAUUAUGGCUCUGUUGGAGAAAGACUGAAGACCAAGCUAUUUCAAACCUAUGGAGCUGCUUCAGACAUAAUGUGCUUAUAUUAUGACGCGACUUAUUUAGGAGCUAAUGCUUUGGAUACCUUAAUUUCAUUAGGAAUUAAUCUAAAUAGUUCAAUGAUUUCAAAAACAAUAAGAAAUAUCAAGUUCACAGGGUGUUCCGGGAAGGUCCAAAUCGAUAAAUAUGGAAAUGAUAGAUCCUCCAUAGUAUUUGGCAUUUAUAACUUAGUCCAAGUAAAUUCUUCAUGAACAAUGAGAUUAUGUGGGAUUUAUGACCCUUAUAAUGUUGCUAUAUAUCAAAUUAUUUAUUCUUUUUCAUGGUUCUAUGAAAAUAAUGGAAUUUUGCCAAGUGAUAUUGUUGGGGCAGAUUUUAACUGUCCAUUCAAGCAGAGAGAAAGCAAAUCGUUUCUAUAUGGCUAUUUGCUGUUGGCUGGAAUUGGAACAUUUCCACUAAUUUUUGGAACCUUUUUAGCAAUAAAGUAUUUUAAUUUUAUAUUUAUGAGAGAUUUUCCUAUGCUUGACUCAGAACAAGAAGAAACCCUUCUCGAUACAUGAAUUUAUAUCUCGAUGAUAAUAGAAGGCUUACAGUAUAUAGCAAUCGGACCAGAUUUUACUGGGCUGUUGCCUGAUUUCUCCGAAUUUAUUAAGUUUUCUAUUUUUGAUAUCAGAGGCUCAACAAAAGAUUUUUGAGAUCAGAUAUUGCUUAUAUAUAUAAUAGCCGCGAUAUGGGUAAUUUUACUAAUCCAAAGAAUUUUCAAUAUUCGAGAGAAGUGUAAGAUUUUAUCAAUUUCUGCAAUAGAUGAGCUAGAAAAAUACUGCCUGCCUACCAUUGGAGACCUUUUAUUUAUACCUUUUGUUAAUUUUUUGCUUAUGACUUUCCAGUGCACAAACAGCAUUGGGGAUGAGCUUAAGGACAGCUAUCAUAAUCAAGACUGCAAUGUUUUUUGUUGGCGAGAGACGCAUCUUAAAUAUGCGGUCAGUUCUUCUAUCAUUCUAUUAUUAUAUUUGCCAGCUAGCUUAUACUUUCGCCCUAUGUGAAAAGAUGAAACUGAAGAUUUAGUAUUUCAUAUUAGAGAGCAGCCAUUUCACUCAGUUAUAAAGAGUUUUUGACAGAUUCUCUUGAUUGAAUUGCAUAUUAUUUUAUUGCCGGCAUCAGAAAUAAGCUACAACAUAUGCUGUUUUGUAAUAAUAUCCUUAUUUGCAGGCUUAUGAUUUAUUAAAAAGCCUUAUAAUUAUCAUCGUGCAUCAAUGUGAUACUUGAUUUGCUUGACAGACUGCCUCUGACUUUGAAUAUGCCAAAUCUUUUCUCAGCUAGAUAUAACUGCUGCUCAGUGUCUUUUAGCGUUUGGCUGAGUAUUCUCUGUGGUAGCUGGAAUUUGUCUCCAGAAGAAAUAUCUCCCAUCACUUUUAGUUCGCCCAAAAGGCCAAGAUAUUCACAAAUUGUUUAAAUUUCAAUUAUCCCGGAGAACUCCAUCUCAAGCUGGAAUUGAUAAUUCAGUAAAAUACAAAUAUGUAGAAGGAGUUCAAAAAGAAGAUCUGAAAAGCAGCGAUUAUUCUUAUUUAGAGUAG